AUGGUGGGAACAACAAAUGCUGCCAAUGCAGCAAAGCAAGCCGCCGCAAAGAUGCAUCGCCGCUCACGAACAGGGUGCUUCACAUGUCGCUUGCGACGAAAGAAGUGCGAUGAAGGAAAGUCUUCCUGCCGCGCCUGCAAACAUCUUGGUCUCAAAUGUGAAUACAAAAGGCCGAUGUGGUGGAGCAACAACGAGCAGCGACGAGGCCAGAAGGAUCACAUCAAGAACAUAAUCAAGCGCACCAAGCUCAACGAGAAGAGUGCGCAAGGAGUUCCGAUCGGCACCAACACUCCACCGAGCCUCUGCCACUCGAUGCAAACCGCAGACACCUUUUCAGACGGAAUCGCAUGCACUCGUGCGCAGUCUGUCGAUUCGCAGAACUCUCUGGACUACAACUUCAAUCCCACGCCCGACUUUUACAACUCGUCAAUGCCCCCGCCAAUGUUUGCACCAUCUUUUACCCAUCCUGGACACUUUGCACCGUACGAGAUCGACAUCAAGACUGAAACUCAAAUGUUCAUCAACGACAUCCCCACACGGCGAGACUCCACAAUAUCUACAUUUAGCCACUAUCAAACACCACCCGCUGUAGGACAUGCAUACCCGACUGACAACUGGGUACAACAAGAUUACUUCGAGAGCCGCCGAGAGUCUUUCGCCGAGGAACCACUUGACUUUCCUGCCUUCGAAUUUGCUCAUGGUUGCUUCAGCCCCUCACACCAACCCAUGAUACAAGUCGAAGAAUGUGAUCAGCAUCUUCUUACUCACUUCAUUGAGAACGUCAUGCACACGGUUUAUCCCGUUCUUGAGGCAAACCAGGCUGGCUCUGCCCGCGCGGAUGUCAUUCUCCCAGCACUUGAGACCAACAAGGCUUACCUACACUGCUGCCUGAGUGUUGCUGCUUUGCACAUGAAGACUACUCAAGGCCUCCAGGGAGACGAGAUCGACAACGACAUCUAUCGAAACCGCUAUGCUACCGUCCAACAACUCACCGACUCGCUUUUCCGUGACAACGAUCAUGCACAGACCCUUGAAGCUACUCUUGGUAUGAUUUUCUUCCCGUGCUCGGUCGGACGGCUCGAUGAUGGUCUCCCUGAUAUUCCAUGGCACCAGCACUUCCUGGCAGUUCAGAGUCUCGUCCACAAGCUCGAACUUCCAGCACAAAUGGUCGCUCUGAACGGACAGCCACACUCCCAGCCUCCUUUCAACAUGACACUUACUUCUUGGAUCGACAUCCUCGGUGCAACUAUGUUGGGCAGAACGCCAUCCUUUGCCGACACCUACAGGGAGAAGCUUAUCGCCGAUGCAUCCUCUGGCCUUGCAGAGCUCAUGGGCUGUGAAGAUAGGAUCAUGUACUUGAUUUCGGAGAUUGCCUGUCUCGAGGCGCUCAAACUUGAGAACAUGGAUGAUGUGCAAUUGUGCCAGCACAUCCAGCUUCUCGGCGAGCAAAUUAGCUUAACAGAGCCACCACAUGGCGCGCUCAACCACGCAUAUUCGGGGACCGGAGAGAUUCUCCCAAGGCAACUCCGCAAGAACAUGACUGCAAUCUAUCGCCUAGCCGCCCGCAUCUACCUUUGCAGCCUGGUUCCUGACUACGACCGAACGCAGCCGACCAACGUCAACUUGGUGAGCGCGCUGAGCAAGGCAAUGGAGUACAUACCUGCUGGUCCUCACGGGUUCGAUCGCUCCCUUGUGUGGCCUCUCCUAGUGGCUGGAUCAGCUUCACUGCCAAGCUCCAGCUUCCGCAACAUGUUCUCGGACCGCGCCCUCCAGUUGGGCGAGUCCUCAAACUUUGGUUCCUUUGGAAAGAUGAAGGAGCUCCUGAGUGAGGUUUGGCUGAUUAACGACGACAACCUCGCAAAGGGCAACAAACAGAGUGUCCACUGGCGGGACACGAUGCAUCAGAAGGGCUGGGACUUUUUGCUUAUCUAA